AUGUCGUUCCUUACUAAAGAGCGGAUACCGAGACAUAUACGGAAACUCUUAUCGAUUUACCAAGAUGUUUCAAGACAAAAUUCCCACAUUCUGUCUGCCAAAGUGGAAUCCUUCUUGAAGAAGGAUACUUCAUAUCAUGAGAAUUUCGUAAGAUCUAAACUUUCGUCGACUCUGACAACGACAGGAAUGAAAUAUAAUGUUGCAGACUUUACCCCGGCAGCUUUGAGUCAUGUGAAACCGAUAUUUGCAGGCGAUUUAACGUUGCAUGAACUUGAAUCUGUACCUAUUGAUCAAAUAAUAGAUCAUUCCAUAAAACUUCAUGAUUUACCAUUAGCUAAAUCCAGUAAUUUCUACCAGGGGAAUACAAAACACAAAGCUGAUAUGGUUUCUGCCCUAGCUGCUCAUUUCAGCCCUAAAUCAUUCACAUCAAACCAUAAUAGUUCUGGACGUUGGUAUCAAGAAUUAUUGGAUCGUACUCCAAUAAUCUUUAUAUUGGCACAAAAACAUCGUCUAUUUUCUGAAGAUUCAAUAGCACAAAUCAACGUACCCUUAAACAAAUUCUCUAAUCAAUUAAAGGAGAUUAAACAGAAAGUAAUUGAAUCUCAAUCUGGAAGACGUCGGAUUGUACCUCGUUCAUAUCAUUUGACUGAAAUGCGACAAAUGGAUACAUUUAAGGCAUAUUUAGGAGGAUCAGAGUAUAAUCCAUUAUGUGAAUCGAUAGAUAGAGCAUCAGAAAUAGUUGUAACAGAUUCAAAUUUCACUCCAGUGGUGGAAGAUUCUGAACAAAUCGAAUUGAAAUUAGUUGAGUUUGUACAGGGAAUUAAGGAAACAAGAGUAUCGUAUAAAAUAGAUAGAAUACCCUAUGACUUGAAAUAUACUACAUUUCAUAUGUUGACGAUAGAAAGUGGGGUGAAGAAUUGUCAACAUACAGAGUUGUUGGAUUUAUUGGAGUCAAGUCAAGAUGAAUUUGAAAUUGUAGGAGUGAGAUUAUCAUUGAAUUCAGGUUGGAUUCGUCAAUUUUUCAAUUCCAAGAAUCAACAACAAGAGUCACAUAAAGGUACUUAUCAAGAAAUGCUUGAUAAAACUAAAUUACAAGAUGACAAGCCACUGAAUGUGGAAGAAAUCAUGACAAGAUUAGGGGAAAUGGGUCAUAUACAUGUACAUAAAGGAAACAAUUGCAUUUACUUAUUGAAGGAUGAUUAA